AUGGCAUCCGUUUUGAACGUGGUGACAUACGCCGCGCCGCCGCUCAUCAGCUUGAAGCCUGCAUAUGGCCCUGUCAAGCACGUCUUUCUCAUCGGGAAUUGUGGCUACACCCAUCUCCCGAUGCUGCGUUUGCCCAUCAAGGACAUCGAAGCCAUUGAGGAGAAAAUGGGCGAGCUUGCUCGAGUCGAGAUCUCGAAAUUGACAGAUGCCACGCGAGAUGAAAUGGCCGCCCUCCUUAAGAAUCCGCUUGGAGCCGGGGACGUAUUCUUUGCAUUCGCAGGGCAUAUGGCGUGGUGUGAUGGAGAUCCGCUGCUCCUGGGCGUAGAUGCUGUAGGUGACACCGAGGGUGUCUCACUGAGCCAGCUUCUAGGAUGGCUUGCGCCGACUUAUGGCCAGAAACGCAGGGCCGACAUCGUGCUGGCAGGGUGCUUAACACAAACGAGCACCGGCAUUCCGCCCGAGAUCAAGUAUCCGAGGAAAGGCGGGUUCGUGAUCUUAUUCCCGAGCGGUUUCGGACAGGUGGCGCUGGAGCCAGAGCACGGAGAGAAGAGUUUCUUCGUGCAGGGUCUGCUGCCGCACUUGGGCAAGGACUUGUUCUACGCCGCCCCAACCAUUGCCGCUGCAGUAACAAAGCAGUGCGGUCGUCAAACGCCCUGGGUCCAGAGCAAUACACGGUCUCCUGAGAAGGAAGUAUCAAGUUUGGACGAUUUGCGCACGGAGCUGCGCAAAGUUCACAUGAGCUCUGCAUGUGACACAGGCCCUCUUCGCGUGCAAUCUAAAGUUUUUGAUGAGCUGCUGAACAACGAGCGCCACGCGGUGAAAGAGGCCAUCAGCAAGAAGCAAGAGGCGGAAGCACUCAUUUCCCACAAUUUCCCAAACACGCCGCAGCUGUGCAUCACAGAUCCAUACGCAGAUCAGCCGACAAGGAUCAGGAUCGACAAGAUCAGCAACCAACAAGUUAUGGAGCCCAGCAUGCUGGUCAUUAGCCACACUGCGGGCCUAGACCUGUCGGACGUCAUCUACGAGUUCCGGCAGAGUGGUAUAAUUCAACACGUUGUCAUCACACGAAAGGGAGAGCUUCUUCAGUUCGUGCGAUUGCUCGAGCGGGCUUGGCAUGCAGGAGUUGCGUUUUGGGGCCCGUUGGGAGCCGCGGGAGACAUCAGGGAGCACAAGAAGGUACACGACGUGAACAGCCACUCCAUCGGCAUUUCCUUGGAGGGUGACGGGUGA